CACAAGAGAUGCUUCUUUACAGCUCCAUUGGAACUUAGCACAUGAAUUUUGGAUACAAAAGCUUUUGCUUUAAUGGUGCUCAAACGAGAUAGCAAACGCAUAGUAGUAAUUUUGUGUGUCAACGGUUCUCAAGCCACCAAAUUAGCAUUGAGCUAUAUUUCGGGAUCCUGCAAAACGAAAACUCCGGAAACGACAACCUUUUUUUUUCUCCUUUGACUUGACACCGAGAUGGGAAGGAAGCAAACUACCUCUGAUAUUUUAGACGCUGAAUCACCCGUCAUUGAGCCUGGAUCUCAACAACGCUAUGCCAGAGUUAUUGGUCCCCGUGGCAAUCAUCAACAUGAAGUAGAAUUCACCGACGGUACUCGAACACUUGUCACUCUACAACCUAAAUUCCGGCAUUUGGUUUGGGUCAAGCGAGGGCACUAUGUGAUUGUGGAUCCAUCCGCUGGUACAACGACAGAAAAAGUCGGUGGAGAGAUCAUUCAUGUACUGUUUCCCAAGCAUAUCAAGACCUUAGAACAGUCAGGCCAGUGGCCAACGGAGUUCUCACAGAAAAAGCAACAAGAAAUGUCUGAUGAAUGCGACGACGACCAUAGCGACAACGACGGCAGCGAUAAUGACGAUGAUCUGUUUGUCAACAACAACCGGCCCGUCAUGUAUGAUACAGACUCCUCUAGCAGCGAUGAGGAAUGAAAAGAGGGAUCGCGAGUUGGAUAUGAUAUAUAAAAAAU